AUGCAUCUACGCUUCUUCGACCUCAUGAGAGGGCUAUUUAUCCCCAGCACAGCCAAUAACAAGACGCUCAUCGAUAUCGACGCCAACCAUUACUAUGCUCGAGGAAACAUUCAGGACCGAGGCCCUUGCCCUGCCUUGAAUGCUCUCGCCAACCAAGGCUACCUACCGCGCGAUGGCAAGAACCUCACUAUCCAGCAAGUUGAGCAGGCAUGUAUGACCGUCCUGCACCAAGACAAAGCCCUCGCCUCAGCGAUCGCUAGACCCCUGAACCAGAUUCUUCGCCCGGACGGCACAUUUGACCUGUACGACAUGCGUCGACACAACAUCAUCGAGCACGACGCUUCCAUGACCCGACUCGAUGCCCGUCAAGGUGACAAUUACACUUUCCAGCCGGCCAUGCUGCAGGCGAUGUUCGAUGAUGCCCGUGGCGGACCUCUCACAGUACAGACCCUGGGCAAGUCCUACAAUCGUCGCAAGCGGGAGCGUAAAGCUGAUGGGGGGGCUCCUCUACCUUGGAAUCUUUGGUUCGUGAAUAUUCUUCAAACUGUGUCCUUCCUCAAUACCGCGGAUACUAGUGGUAGACUAGAGGAGGAUGUUGUGAAAACAUUUUAUGAAGAGGAGAGGAUUCCUACCAUCAUUUUGGAUAAUUACAAUACGAGGACUUUAUCGGGGAUGUUAAUAUCUGAGAUUGCUAAGAAUUUUGAGAUGCUUAGUUCCGGUUAG